AUGGGUCGUUGCAAUUCGGAACUAUUAAAAAUACCGCCGCGAAGUCCAGACUUAAACCCUAUUGAGAACAUUUUUAACCUUGCCUCCAGGAAGUUAGAAAAAGACGCUCUUCAACAAGGCAUUACUCGCGAAACAUAUGACGAGUUCUGUGAUAGGGUAGAAAGGACAAUUUGUAGUAUUUUUCAGGGUGUGAUUGAUAAAACAAUACAGUCUAUGAACGGUCGCAUUGCUGAUAUAAUACGAAACAAUGGCGAAAGACCGAAAUAUUAG